AUGUCCCUCCCACGCCUCCUCCCCCGAGCCCUCCCCCUCACCACCAAACGCCCACAAUCCCUUCUCCUCCUCCCCACCACCCACACGCACACCAACAACCCCCCCAUCCGCACCAUCCAAGCCGCAACCGCAACCUCCGCCUCCGCCAUCGAAACCCCCUCCUCAACCACCACCUACCAACAUCACCACCACCCCCCUCCCCCUCCGCACCUCACCCCCGACCACCUAAUAACAACGCACCCUCUCUUCCUCCGCCUCCGCCAAAACCCCAAAUAUAAGGAAUCCCGCCCGCACCUAACCAUGAACGCCUCCCUACGUCCCAACCACUUCGUGGCGGGGACAUUGUCCGGAUCAAACAAAGUGUCUGUGCCGGCGUAUAUGUUCACCUCCGUCACGAAAGAUCAAUAUAGCCAGCGGGCCAAAAUCCUCUCGUUGUUUCACAUUGGGCCUCGGCUGUGCGGACACCCUGGGUACGUGCACGGUGGACUAUUGUCUGUGAUGCUGGAUGAGACGUUCGCGAGGUGCGUGUCGGAUUCGUUUCCGAGUGGAUUGGGGAUGACGGCGAAUUUGAACGUGGAUUUUCGGAAGCCGGCGGUUCCGGAUCGGGUGUAUGUGUUGAGGGCGGAGACGGUGAAGGUGGAGGGGAGGAAGGCGUGGGUGGAGGGUGAGAUUAGGGUUAUGCCGGAGGUGAAUGGGGGGAAGGGGAAGGAGGGGCAGCAGCAGGAGGAGGUGGUGGUUGCUGAGGCGAGGGCGUUGUUUGUGGAGCCGAAGUUCGCUGAGGUGAGUGAUUUUGUCUCUAGUUCUAUGUUUGUGGUAAGCUGA